AUGGUUGCAAGCGCAAAGGCAAUCCAAGCAUUGGGGAAGUUCGCGUCUUGUGACAUUGGAGAUGCUCUCGUGAAUCUGGGACUCCGUCAUGGAGGCUAUCUUUCCGGUCUCAAAAUGUAUAGCCCUGGCUCAAGCGGCACCGUCGCCAAGAUCUUCGGACCAGCAUACACAGUCCGGAUGGUGCAUGCAUCGGACAAAACCUCACCAAACCCACCUCACCACUUCGUUGAUGCAAUCCCAAAGGGAAGUGUGGUGUUCAUCUCCCAGCCGAAGGGUCUCAUCAGCGCAUGCUGGGGCGGUCUAAUGAGCACGCGAGCAAAGAAGCUCGGCGCGGCCGGUGUUGUGAUUGAUGGUCGUUUCCGGGAUAUUGCUGAACAUCGCGAAAUGAAUAUUGGGCUUUUUGCUCGUGGUUUGAGCAUUCUUGGUUCGAAUACGUUUACCCGUUCAUCGGAGCUCGAUGUGCCGGUUGAGUACGAGAAUGUGGAGGUUGAUGAGAAGGUUACUAUUACCCCUGGUGACUAUAUCCUUGGUGAUCAGGAUGGUGUUGUGGCUGUGCCUGUCAGCUACAUUGAGGAGUGUGUUCGUCUCUGCCAGGAGCGAUUGGAGAUUGAUGAGGAGACGAAGAAGUGUCUCGAUGCUGGUGAGGAGAUGGGCCCUACUAUCAAGAAGCUGCGGAAAUAG